UACUAUGUAAUGUGGUUCCCAUCCUAGGGUUUGGGCAGUUAAAUAAUUUAUUUAUUUCUCUCACAGGCAGAACGACCAUCCUUUCUUCUUAGCUUCCAAGAUCAAAAUGAAGAAGAAGCCCAGUAAUGAAUUUGGCAUGUCAAGCAAAACCCAUGGUGUAGAAAGUGAAGAAUUGUCUUCUUCAGAGGAAGAUGAGAGUGAAAUAGAGAGAGAGCUGGCAGAAGUUACUUUUGAGGAUCUUCAAAAAGCAAAGUCUAAUGGGUCUCUUACAGUUUUUAAAAAGCCUGAUCAGGAGAAGAAGGGUGGCAGAGCUAACAAGAAUAGGCCGACGGAGGUGAGCUGCAAGAAGCCGGUGAGUCGUUUUCGAGAGGUUGUUCAAGUUCCUAAAAAGGUAGUACGCGAUCCCCGCUUUGAGUCUUUGUGUGGCAAUCUUGAUGUUGAGGGGUUUAGAAAAAGAUACGACUUUCUGUUUAAGAAUAAUCUUCCUGCUGAGAAAGAGGAACUAAAGAAGCAACUGAAGAAAUCCAAUGAUCCGAAAGUCAUUGAUCAAUUGAAGGAGCGUAUAUCUUGGAUUGAGAAGCAGACGAAGUUUGAGUCAACAAAGCAGACUGAUGCAGCUAUACUGGCUGAGCACAAGAAGAAAGAGAGAGAAGCUGCGAAGCAAGGGAAACGGCCCUUUUAUCUGAAAAAAUCGGAUAUACGGAAACAGAGGCUUACUGAAAAAUACAACAAACUCAAGGCAUCUGGCAAGCUCGAAUCCUUCAUUGAGAAAAGGAGGAAAAAGAAUGCUGCAAAGGAUCACAGAUACAUGCCAUACCGAAGGUCAGCCAAUAGUGAGCAACAGAGCUGAUGAUUUGCGAGUUUUUUGGUUGCUAAAGAAAUGUAUAUCGUUCUCCUCAAUUUUCUGCUAGCAUGUGAAGACAUGCCUAUGGUGUUCUGGUUUGGUGGGCAAGUUUAAUGGUUUGUUUGUACUCCUCUGGUAGUGUUGUGCCCUUUCUGGACCAAAUUAGAGAAGCCAUAUUUUUGAAA